AAAAAAGACCACAAAAAGCCGUUCACAUUUUCAGCAUUUCCUUAUAUUUUAAUAAUGCAAUCAAAAAAUAAGAGAUUACCUCUUGAAUUGCUGGUUGAUAUAUUUAAAUCUACAGAAGGGGCAAUAUUGAAAUCAUCUAAAGUUUGUGAGGAAUGUGAAAUGUUAUUUCGUCAUGUUAAAGUUUUGUUAACUUCUUCAUCUAUUGUUUAUACAUUUAUUGGGGAAAAUUGUCAAAAAAUAUGGGCGUUAAUCCGGUUGGAAAAAGAGCGUAUUGAGAUGCAUUUGAGAGAAGAAAAAGAGUUUCUUGAAGAAAAAUUUGCUAAACUCAUUGAAAUAAGACGGCGAUUAAUUGAAAAACAAAGGAAAAGAAUUGAGACAAUUAGAGUGAAAAUUAAAAAGCAUAGAAAAGCUGGCAAUGAGAUGGAAAUUGAUGAGAAUGGACCAAUUGCAAAACGUACUCGUUCCCAUUAUGUUUCAUCAAAUGACAAAGAAAGUAAGAAAUGA